CUCUCUCUUCUCAUUGAACUCUUUCUUUUCACUCGGUCUCCCUCAUCCUCUCACGCAGGUGAAUCACCCUCUCUCUCCCUCUCGCUCACUCGGUAUCUCUCUUCCCUCUCACUCAUAUCGACUUCCUCCUCAUCUCAUCAUCCUCUCCCGACUGCACAGCAGGCACUUUCAGUGGAGGAAUUUGCAGUUCGACUUGCAAAGCACUUCACAUCUCUUUACCAGCAGACACUUAUCUUAAUGCUUCUGUUCAUUGAAACUCUGCUUCAUCCUGAUGUUGCUCUGUCCCUUAGUUCAAAAUCAAGACAUACGAACCAAUUGUGUUCAAUUAGCCAGUAUGAUUCAGAUUUUCUUUUGAAUGAGGUAAAACCUUCUUUGUUCUCUUUGUUCCCUAAAAGGUCAGCUUGUGAUCCAGGAAGAGCAGAUGAGGGCGCAGCUGAGGGCCCAGGGCGAGGAGAUGAGGACCUAUGCCGGGAUGGUGAGAGACCUUGUACAAGCCAUACAGAUGUCCGGCCUCAAAAUCUCGCUACCAGCACCUCAUCUUGUUUCACCUUUGACCUCAGAGCCACCUCGCUCUGCCGAUACCCAGUAGCCUGAUGUAUUAAACCUAGUUCACUUGUAGUUUUUUCUUUUUUUGUUCGAACAUCUUGUAUGUACAUUUUCAUAUAUUUUAUAAUUAAAUACUUUUGCUUGGUUAAUU